GGAGCUCCGGCUCCAGUAACGGAGCCCCAGCUCUUUUUUUUUUUUUAGCGAACAAAAAAGAAGGGGCUUUUGUUUGUUUAAAUUCCCAUUGGGAGUUUUUAUUUAGAUUUUGGUUUUUUUUUGGAGUUUCACUGCGGUUUUCAGAUCCUGAGUUUGUUGGUUGUGAAGAAAUAGAAAAAAGGAUGUCGAAACCAUGGGGCGGCAUCGGAGCUUGGGCCGCCGAGGCCGAGCGGGAGGAAGCGGAGGAGCGGGCGGCGAAGGCGACGGCGGUGGUGGUGGACCAGCCGCAGAGCUUCCCUAGCCUCAAGGAAUCCGUGAACGCCAAGGCCGGGAAGAAGAAGAAGGCCAUGUCACUCUCCGAGUUCUACGCUGACACCGGCGCCGGAGCCGGCGGUGAGCGGGACGCCGGCGGGUACAAGGGAUUGACGCAGGACGAGAUGCUCCGCCUCCCGAAGGGACCGAAAGAGCGGACUCCGGAGGAAAUGCAGUCCGGUCGCCUCGGCGGCGGGUUCUUGUCGUACGGGAGGUCCGGGACGCUGCCUUCUGGCAGGGGGCGCGACCGCGAGGACGGCGACGGGUCCUGGGGAGGCGGAGGACGGAGAUCCUACGGCGGAUUCGAGGACGAACGCAGGGGUCCGCCUCCUAGGGUUUCGGAUUUCGAUCAGCCGUCGAGGGCCGACGAGGUUGAUAAUUGGAAGGCUGAGAAGAAAUCUCUUCCUGCGUUCGACUCGGGAGGCCGGCAGAAUCGGUACGGCUCUCUCGGCGGCGGCGGGGCCGUGGGAGGAGUCGCCUCUAGGGCUGACGAGGUUGACAAUUGGGCGUUUGCGAAAAAGCCUCUUCCUUCUCGAUCCUCCACAUUUGGUUCCGGUGGGUUCCGCGAUUCGGAGCCCGAUCGCUGGGGCAGAGGCGGCGGAUUCCGCGACAGCGAGAGGGAGAGGCCCAGAUUGGUUUUGGAUCCGCCGAAGGGUGACGCCGGAUCGAACGAACUGCCGGUGGUGAAAACGAACAAGCCGAGUCCGUUCGGGGCGGCGAGGCCCAGAGAGGAGGUUUUGGCUGAGAAGGGUUUGGAUUGGAAGAAGUUGGACUCUGAAAUUGAGGCUAAGAAAACGAGUAGGCCGACGAGCGCGCAUUCGAGCAGGCCAUCGAGUGCGCAAUCGAGCCGGUCCGAGGGUCCUGGCCUGCAGGGAAUAGAAAAUGUAGUUAAGCCAAGGCCAAAAGUGAAUCCAUUUGGGGACGCCAAACCUAGGGAGGUUUUGCUGGAGGAGAAAGGUAAGGAUUGGCGGAAGAUUGAUCUCGAAUUGGAGCAUCGCGGCGUCGACAGACUUGAGACCGAGGAAGAAAAGAUGUUGAAGGAGGAAAUAGAGUAUCUGAAGAAGGAGCUGGAGAAAGAAUCCACGGAAUCUUCGCAGGAGUCUGCUGGAGACCAGCCCAGUCUACGUGAUACACUACUACAGAGGGAAAGGGAAUUUGAAAAACUGAUACGCGAUUUGGAUGACAAAGUACGAUUUGGGCAGAAGGCUGUUGAAAGGCCAGGGUCUGGAGCAGGCAGGAGUGGCAACUAUCUUGAGAGACCGCCUUCUCAGUCUGGACCAUUUGAAGAGUCUAAAAGCAUAGAGUUUAUGGAAAGGCCUCGAUCACGGGGCACGGGGGAUCUCUGGACAAGGCCUGCUGAUGAUAGAAGAGGAUUUCAAGGUGGCAGGGAAAGAGGAUUUCUGGGUAGCAGAGACUUGGACAGGUCAAGGGAUAGAUGGUGAAGGAAUGUUUCUGUGGAUCCAUAUCCAUCGAGUUAUCUUCUACUUUGACGACUAAACCGGAAUAAUAUUUUGCCUCUCUCACCCUUUUUGUUUUCUUCAUUUUGCUUUGGGAAUUCGAGCAAGAAUUGUUUAGUACUGGCGCUGAGGACUCUCUCUGUUAAAUCUAUUGUUAUAUCUUUUGCAACUAUGUAAAAUUGGAAUUUUCUUUUUUGUCUUUUUCUUCUUCUUUUUUUUUUUUUUUAAAAUUUUUCCUUUUUUUAUUUUCCCUUCUGUUUAAAUCAAGGAGCCUGUAUUGGUUUUUUUAGGACUCGGUUCCUGAUGGACAGCAUUGGGACUCCCUAGUUUCUUUUUGCGACAAGUUCUGGGUGUUACACACAUACUUUUAAUUCUAUUUGUCUAUCAAUCUUUUUUGUAUUAUUUAUUA